AUAAACACACACACACACACCAAACUCUGUGCUCUUCCUCAUAGCUCCCUUUGAACUCCACAAGCGUUCAAUCCAAGCUCAUUUUCAUCUCAAAUCGCUCGACAAUGGAGUACGAAGGAAUCCUCCUGGGAAUGGGUAAUCCUCUCCUCGACAUCUCUGCCGUGGUGGAUCAGGAAUUUCUCGACAAAUAUGAUCUUAAGCUGAACAACGCGAUUCUGGCCGAGGAGAAGCAUCUACCUCUGUAUGAAGAAAUGGCAUCCAAGUUCAAAGUGGAGUACAUUGCUGGAGGGGCUACUCAAAAUUCAAUCCGAGUCGCCCAGUGGAUGCUUCAAAUUCCUGGCGCAACGAGUUAUAUGGGUUCCAUUGGGAAAGACAAGUUUGGAGAGGAGAUGAAGAAAAAUGCUACACAAGCUGGUGUUAAUGUCCAUUAUUAUGAGGAUGACUCUCCAACUGGUACUUGUGGUGUAUGUGUUGUUGGUGGCGAAAGGUCACUCGUUGCCAAUUUGUCAGCUGCAAAUUGCUACAAACCUGACCACUUAAAGAAACCUGAAAACUGGGCACUGGUGGAAAAAGCCAAAUUCUACUACAUUGCUGGAUUUUUCCUCACAGUUUCCCCAGAGUCUAUCUUGCAUGUUGCAGAGCAUGCAGUUGCUAAUAACAAGAUUUUCUUGACGAACCUUUCUGCUCCAUUUAUCUGCGAGUUCUUCAAGGAUGUUCAAGACAAAGUAUUCCCGUACAUGGACUAUGUUUUCGGAAAUGAAACUGAAGCAAGAGCUUUCUCCAAAGUUCAUGGCUGGGAGACAGAGAACGUUGAGGAAAUAGCCGUGAAAAUUUCCCAGCUGCCAAAGGCAUCUGGGACCCACAAGAGAAUUACUGUUAUUACACAAGGUGCGGAUCCAGUUGUUGUUGCCGAGGAUGGAAAGGUGAAGCUGUUGCCCGUUAUCCCAUUGCCAAAAGAGAAACUUGUCGAUACCAAUGGUGCAGGUGAUGCAUUUGUGGGCGGAUUUUUGUCACAAUUGGUUCUCGGUAAACCCAUAGAGGAAUGCGUGAGGGCCGGAUGUUACGGAGCCAAUGUCAUUAUUCAAAGAUCCGGCUGCACCUACCCGGAGAAUCCCGAUUUUAAAUGAGCUGCACUCCAAUUUUCCGUUAAAUUUUUCUUCAUCCUUGAAUUAUGAAACAUCGAAAAACUUGUUCCUGGUAUGUUUUUGCGGGUAUUUGUGUGUGCGCUAUCGGUGUAGUGCCUAUUAUUCAUUUGUGAUUUUUGAGAAGCCUUGAUGAAACUGUUUGUACUUGUUUUGGUUUGCCACUCAUUUACAUAUAUUUAAAUCCAAUCAGCUAGUUGAAUAAUUUUGGUUAUCUUUUGCUAUACCGUGUGUUGAGCUCCAAAUUUGUGGGAAGAUCUUUAGCUGAUCAUCUACACGAGUAUAUAUAUCUAUCGUAUUUGAUUGAUGAUUCAAGAGAAUAAAUCUGUUUAUCCAAAUUGGGCGCAGUGUGGGCUACAUAGUUCAGAUUUCUUGUUGGGACAUGAGAGUAUGAGUGUCAUUUGUUCAAAUGAGUCUGUAGCUAUCAUGAACUCAAUAGAGUAUAAUGUAGGAUCGAGCUUGUACAACUAUUUGUUUAGUGAGAACUGAGAACCGUGUGGUACCUUAUUGUCUUUCUACGUAAAAUCUGUUCUAUUCUGCUUAUCCAAAUUUAUGAAGAAUGACUGUUCUUCCUUUGGUAUUAUGACUAAUAGAAUGGUGUGUCAAAAUGAAAUGAUUAUGCCAGUACUAUUAAGUAGCAAAUAUUUGUUGCUCCUAAUGGGACUUGGCAUUGUUAU